AUGGGGUGCAGUAUCAGUGUUGAAGUAAAAGAAUAAGAAAAUGUUCUUGAUACAUAAAGUCAUGAAAGACCAUGUGAAUCCAUAGAAAUUCAAAAAUACAAACUUAAAAAAAAAUAUGGGAGAACAAGAGAAGUUUCAAUUGUGUUACAAUAAGAUAAAUAAAAAAAAAUAUCUCAUGAAAUUACACACCUUGUUCCAUAAUUAGAUAUUGAGGCUAAUUCUAUUCUAAAAUCUAGAAAAUAAUCUCAUGAAAGAGAAAUCAUUUGA